GUCAAAUUGCAAAAACAAGUCUUUUUUUCGUUCUUGCCAGCCAAACCUUUACCGAAUUGACUUAAUAAAUCAGCUUAAAUGACUAAAAAGGAGGAUAAAUCACAGCCUGCUGAAGAGCUGGUUAAAGUCAACAAGUGGGAUGGCUCGGCGGUGAAGCAUGCCCUGGACGAUGCGGUCAAGACCUGCCUGUUGGGCGAUCGGCCACAGUUGAAGGAACAGUUCGGCCUGGUUAACACCCGUCUGGUGCUCUGCGCCCUGGCCGUUGGUGUGGCCAUUAUGGCGCAUGCCUGGGACUUUACCCAUCCGUUUCCGCAGUCGCGGCCCGUGUUGCUCUUCAGCGUGCUGGCCUACUUUGCCCUGAUGGGCGUGCUCACGCUCCACACAACGUUCCGCGAGAAGGGCACCUUUGUCGUCGCUUUGCAGAAGGAUGCCGGCGCCAAAUUGCCACGCAUCUGGGAGGCCAGCUCCGAUAUGAAGAAGUACGACGAUAAGUACCUGCUCACACUGUCCGUCAAGGAUGGGCGUGGCCAGCGCGAGCAGAUCAGCAGCAAGUCCUGCGCCGCCUUCAUCGACAGCAACGGCAUCAUUCUGGACAAUCUGGUGGCCAACGAGGUCAACCGGCUGUACAAUUCGCUGGCCGCCGAAAAGAAGGAAAAGUAGCCACAACAGCUGACUCAAGCGCUGAUUGUCUAAGAAUUUACUGCUUUCCAUCGAUUUUUCCUUGCAACUUUAUAACUUUAUGUUUUUUUUUUCACUCUCAUUAAAUUAAUUGUAGUAAAUA